GGGGGUCACAUCACAUUUAUUAUUUUUCUCUUUUUAUCUUUUCUGGUGUCUCUAUACUUGAAGCUUUUUUUACUAAACAAUUUCCUUAUUCAAUACAUAAACAGAGUUUGACUAAAGGAAAUUUGAGGUUUUGGUAUAAGCCACUUUGGAUAAUGUAUACUAUAAAGUUAUGCACUUGUUACACAUCAGAUGAAGUCACUACCCUAGCAAAAAUCACAGCCUUAAGGAAACAAAACAAAGCAGCUUUGCUUACAGCAAAAGGUUUAUAUUGAAAAGCACCUUUGCUUACAACACAAGGUUUAGAUUGAAGCUAGGCACCAACGCAUAUCAUUUAUGUCCCAGUUGGUAUCCUUUCUCGCGUCUGUAUUAUCAAAUUUGUUCUUUAGUGUUGUAUUAUGUAAGUAAAACUCGACAACAUAGCGUGAUAUACAUCAUAUAAAGACUAAGCAUACUAAGGAUAUGCUAGAAAUUGCAAUAUAAUUCUUGUCGGUCAUUCAACUACAGUCUAAACAAAAAGUUACAAUUCUCACCUAUAAAACAAGAUUGAAAAGGGAUUUUAAAAGAAUAUAAACAGAACUUAAUCCAACAAGAAAGCUACCUACUGAUUCAUCUGAAACUUUGCAGUGCACCAGAAUUGAGAGGUUAUUUUUAUAAUUGAUGAGGGUAUACUUGGAGCAACCCACAAUGACAACGAAGACAUCCAUUAUGUGACAAAUGUUCAAUAUUAGUUUUUAAUUUGAGUAUGAAGUUAAAAGAAACAUGUGAGUUCUGUUUGUUUUCGGGCUUUUGAGGUGUAAAAUUUGUUUGUAGGCUGUUGGAGUUUUGCUUCUAACGGUACUAGUUAACCAAAGAGUUGAUUUUCGAUUAUAUUAAUCAGAAUAAAAGCAGAUUAUAUCAGCUCAUUCCUUUGGAUUUUUCUUCAGCAACUUGAACCAUAGAGCUCCAAAGGAAGAGAUCGCCUUCUAAUAACAGGUGUCAAAGUACCAUUUUGCCCUGCUUUUCUAAUGGGUGUAAACUACCCUUGUAUGGAAUUUCAUAAAAAAAAUAGGGGUUAAUACACAAAAGUAUAAGUGCAAUGUGACCAAUGAAUGGUUAUAUCAUUGGAUUAGAUUUAAAUUAUUAUUUAAAAAAAUUAAAUGGGUACUUUAAAAAUACCUUAAAAAUUCUCCUUAAGCUGUGUAUGUGUUUUGUUGUGCGGAGUAGGUGGGAGGAGUAUAUAGAAAGACUUGUCUUCUUAUUUUUGGUUUCCUUUGCAAAGAAGAAAAUAAUAAACCGUUGAAGUUUACAUUUUUUUUUUGGGUUGAAGCAUGGGUGAAACACUAUAGUUGGAUUGUAAAGUUCAAUGUAAUCAUUGUAAUAUUUACUUUAGCGAGAAUAAGCAAAAAUCCCAUUUGAAGUUACAGAUUAUUACGUCAAAAUAAAUUCGGAAAAUGGAAUUACAGUAGCUAUGUUUUUCAGAAUCAUUCAUAGUACACUUGAAAUAUCAAUAUGUUACCAAUUUUGUCUCUUCUAAUAUUCGCCUUCAAUCAGAAUAUUUGAUAAGUACCAAGCAAGGGAUACCCAUACUCCAUAAGCUGAUAAAUUGAUAAAAUAUAUAUGCAUGCUAUUCAUACAUGCUAAUUUAUUAAAACCACAUUUUAGAUACAUCACAAUUUAAAGGGGUAUUGCUGCUGCAGUGUUUAUCAACGUCUUUCACACUCUUAAAUGUUUCCACUCUGAAUCAGAUGCCUUUUGAAAAAGAUUUCUUUCUGAUAAGAUUCUAAAAUUCUUCCUUUUUAUUCAUCUUUAAUUAUGUUGCCAUAAGAUAAUAAUAAAUAACCUUUGAAGAAGCAAACAAACCCAAAUCUGACAAACGGGCGUGCUAUUACCUUAAUUAUCAUAAACCUUAUUGUUACGUCAAAGACUUUAUUGGUGAUCAGGGAUCAACCCUUUUCAUAUCUACGCCAAAAACCAAUUAACCCUUUCUCCUACUCUCAUGGAAAACAUAGAAACCUCAAAACUUCCCCACCAAACUCAAAACCAAAACAAGAAUCUUUCUCUGAUGCCGAUUGAAAUAGACGAGUGUUACGGGAAGAGAGUUAUGAAGAAUCCAAAAAGAGUAAACAAGAGUGAGAAAAAGUUUCUUGGGGUGAGACAAAGACCUUCAGGAAGAUGGAUUGCAGAGAUCAAGGACUCUUCACAGAAACUAAGGCUUUGGUUAGGAACUUUUGAUAGAGCAGAAGAUGCUGCUUUGGCUUAUGACUUUGCUGCAAGGCUUCUUAGAGGAAGAAAUGCAAAAACAAACUUUCCAAACCCUGGAGUCAUCAACACUCAUGAAGAAGACUGCACUAUUUUGGGAAAGAAUCCUAGGGCUUACCAGCUUCUCAAGCAUGCAGUACUGAUGAAAAACCAUGCACUUUCCUCAUCUGUUUAUUCAACAGUCAUGCCUUGGAAAAACCAGAUCAUGAGAAAUGAGUUUGACACUCUUGUUGAGGAAACCAUAGUUUGCUCCAUUCCUGAACAAGGUUCCGGGUGUUGUGGAAUUUCAUUUGGAAGUUCUAAGGUUUAUUCUUCUGUUGUUGUUGCUCCUUCUUUCAGUGCUUCUCACUGUCAAGAUAAUGAAGAAACCCACUAA